UUAAAUGAAUACUACAUAUCUUCCUCUCAUAAUACUUACCUUUUAGGUAAACAAGUUAAAGGCUUUUCCUCCAUUGAAGGCUAUAUUCAUGCAUUGAAAAAGGGGUGCAAAUGCAUUGAAAUUGAUAUCUGGGAUGGUUUAAAUGGACCAGUUGUUAGUCAUGGUUUAACUUUUACUUCUCCAUGUAUGUUAAAAGAUGUAUUGCUUACAAUAAAGAAAUAUGCUUUUGAAAACUCUUCUUUGCCUUUGAUGUUAUCAAUCGAAAUUCACUGUAAGAAAACUUUUCAAGUUACUGUGAAAAAUACCUUUAUCGAUAUCUUAGGCGGCAUGUUGAUUAUUCAAUCUAGUGAAGAUGAACUUAAUCAAACAAAAUUGCCCAGCCCCUUGGAUUUGCAAAACAAAGUCAUAAUGAAAAUUAAAAGAUCUAAUCGCUUUAAUAAAUCAGAAGUCGAUUUAACUAAUAUCAUUCCAAAGGUUUCAUCUUAUUCUUCAUUAAAUUCCUUCUCUUCUUCUGGUGAAAAUGGUUCCAUUUAUCACUCAAAUAAUCUUAGAUCGAAAUUGAUUUCAAAAAAAAAAGGAAAAAAUAAAAAUAGUAAUGAUAAAUUUAAAAUUAUUCCACAACUAUGUGCUAUAAGUUACGUGUAUGGUUUAAAGUUUAAAAGUUUUUCAUUACCAGAAUCAAAAAAUAAAUUUCAUUGCUUUUCAUUUAGCGAAAAAACAAUAAAUUCAAUGUUAAAGGAUUUUGAUAAAAGAGUUUUAUUGGAUAAGCAUAAUAGAAGAUAUCUCAACAGAAUUUACCCAUCAGGUUUAAGAGUCAACUCAAGCAAUUUUAACCCAAUAGAUUACUGGAAAUUUGGUUGCCAGUUUGUUGCAACAAACUGGCAAACUAAGGACUUGGGUCAACAAUUAAAUGAAUCAAUGUUUAAUAAUAAUAACUGUUCCGGUUAUGUAUUGAAACCCGAAUUUCUUCGCUCCAUUAGAAGAAAAGAAGGAAAUUUUAGAGAGCAAAACGAUGAUGAUGAUGAUUUUUUCAAUGCACAAAACCAUAGAAAAGAUGCCAAAAUCAUUAUUGACAUCAUUUCAGGUUUAAGUUUAAAAAUCGAAAAUAAUGACGUUAUCAAUUUAGAGAACAAUAUUAAUUCAUAUGUUGAAGUUGAGGUUUUUGGACAAGAUAAUGACUCUAUAAAUUGGGGAGGAAACUAUACUUCUGAUUCACCAGCUUCGAAUCAGUAUCAAAAGACUAUAAACAAUUACAAUAAUAAACUUAAGUUCAAAAGCUGUAUUGUUUCAUCCAAUGGAUUCAAUCCAGUUUGGAACAAUAGAUUUGAAAUAAAUCUAAAAAAUUGUUUCAAAGAAUUCUUAUUUAUCAGGUUAACAGUCAAAAAUAGAGAUGAAAAAAAUCAUUCAACUGAUAUCAUUGGAAGAUUUGUUGCAAGGUUAAUUUAUUUAAAAGAAGGAUAUAGACACUUACCAAUUUAUGACAGCAAUGGUGAUGAAAUAUUUGGAUCCAAAUUAUUUGUAAAGUUAAAUUAUAUUUAA